AUGUUAAAUUGGUUGAAUGAGGAAAUUGUCAUUACGAUCUACUUCUUCGCCCGAUGCAUCCGUCCAAACUCGAUCCGGGGCAUGCUUCUGCGUCGAGGAUACGAUCGUUCUCUCGGCGCCAUCGAACGUAAAAUCAUCUCUACAACCAAGCAAUACCCAUAUUUGAAAUUCGCCAAUGGUCAAUGGGAUCUAAGCGCCAUUGACCGAUGGAUGAAAGACCUUGUUCGAAGUCAAGAGUCAGUCAACAACAUAACGCGGUUCUCACUUGAGGAUGCAGAAGAUAUGGUCCUUAAAAUAUCUGUCGAUGACCUAUUAGAAACAAUGGACAACCUCGGCCUAGACUUUACAGACCCGGCGUUCAACGCCCGCAUGGCUUCCCAGGUAUAA